AUGUCCGCCGCCGCUCCCAAGCGCACCAACGGUGCCUCUGCCUCUGCCUCUGCCGGCGCAAACGGCGCCGCCGCGCCGGCCGAUGCCGCCGCGGCGCCGGCGGCCAGCGGCGCAGGCGUCGAGAUUGCGAAGCUCGCCGGCGGCAAGCCCGACGCCGCCGACAACACGGCCAAGCUCGACGCGCUCAAGAAGGAGAUUGACUCGACGCACGAGGAGAUCAACAACCUGCGCUCCAUCCUCUCCGGCUCGGGCCCGUCGAAGGACACGCCCGAGGGCAAGCGGCGCGCCGAGCUGCGUGCCGAGCUCGACGAGAUCCGCGGCGCCCAGGCCGGCGGCAAGGGCGCGCGCGGCAAGAUCUUCGACGAGAUCAAGAAUGUGCAGGAGGGCAUGCGCCAGAAGCUCGACACGCUGAAGACGGCCAAGAGCAAGGCCAACUACAAGUCGACGGCCGAGGUCGACGCGCAGAUCCAGCGCCUCGAGGCCUCGGUCGACGGCGGCAAGAUGAAGCUCGUCGACGAGAAGCGGGCGCUGUCGGAGAUCUCGCAGCUGCGCAAGAGCCGCAAGGCCGUCGAGGCCUUCGGCGCGCAGCAGGACUCCAUCGACGCCGACAAGGCGCGCAUCGACGAGCUCAAGGCGUCGCUCGACGACCCGGCGAGCAAGGCGCAGAGCAAGCGCUACGACGAGGUGCGCGAGGCGCUCGACGCGCUGCAGAAGGAGGCCGACAAGGCCUACGGCUCGCGCUCCAAGCUGCUCGACCAGCGCACGGCGCUCAGCAAGAAGCUCGACGAGCUGUACGCGGCGCGCAAGGAGCGCCAGGCCGCGUUCCGCACCGCCAACGACGUCUACUACGCCAAGGUCACCAAGGACCGCGAGGCGCGCCACGCCGCCGCCAAGGAGGAGCAGCGCAAGUACGAGGAGGGCAAGAGGAAGGAGCACGAGGCACAGAUGCGCGAGGACGCGGCGCUGCCGGCCUUCGCCAAGGAGAUUGAGGACUGCGAGGUGCUCAUCAACUACUUCAGCGGCAACUCGUCGGUCUCUGCGCCGCGCUCCGCAGAGGCAAAGGCGGCCGUGUCGGGCGCCAAGGCGCUCGAGGUGCGCCAGGUCGAGGCAGACGCGUCGCUGGGCCGCGUGGUGAAGAAGAAGGGCGAGUCGGAGGAGGACGCGUACUUCCUCGGCGGCGGCGGCAAAAAGGGCAAGAAGGGCGGCGCCAAGAAGAAGGGCACGCCGCUGGCGCUCGGCCAGGCACCCGACGAGGCCGAGGUCGCCGCUGCUGCGCCGGCCACGAGUGCCAAUGCGCCGCUCAACGUGCCGCUCGGCACGCUCAGCGCACUGCUGGCCCUCAGCAUCCCGCCGCCGACGAGCUCGGGCGACGUGCCGCGCGUCGUGGACAACCUCAAGCUGAAGCGCGAGUACUUUGUCAGCAACCAGGCGCAGCAGACGCGCGCCAAUAUCGAGAAGGUCGAGAAGGCACUGGCCAAGUCGAGCAUCUCGGACGAGGCAUCGACGGAGGCGCCGGCCGCUGCCGAGGCCAAGGCCGACGCAUGA